CGCUGUAUGGUCUUAGCAAGAAACGAAGGAUAUAUGCGGCCCAAGUUCGGGCUAAACCCCUCCUUCUCCCACGACGCCGAUCCCCGUCGCCGCCGCCUCAUUUCCUAUCAGUCCGAACCGUUCUUCCGUCCUGCUCAGGCGUUCCGACCAGCGUUGCUCGCUUCUCGUCACUCCCGCCGGCUGCUGCUCUUGUCUACGCCACGGUAGAAUGGCUUUCCUCUUCAACAAGUUCCAAGAGGUACACGUCCUGUCUGUUGCUAUUCACACCAACCAACCAUCACGGGAUCUCGAUCUGCCUGAUUCCUCCUCGUCGCGUGCGUCAAAGCCAAUCAUGGCGUUCGUCAUGAAUUUGUUGACACGAGGAAAAUUCUGUCCUGUACUGCACUCUUUGCCCCGAUAGGCAGAUGCUCGGCACGCAGUGGGAAUUUUGCGCUUUCAAUAUGUGGGGAUUGAUUCAGUGUUUCUCGUCCUUCUUACCUUUGUUCUUAGCUUCGAAGCUGUCUGCAUCCUCGUUCAGAUGACUAUUUGAUUUCUCAGUAUUUUAUGUAGUGUAACUGUUACAGCACUAGCCCACGAAGGCAAUCAGAACAAUUGCCAAGAGCCCCAUGUUUGCUCGUGAUCCAAGGCAUCUUCAAUUUGAAGCUGAUGUGAAUCGUUUGUUUCUCUAUACAAGCUAUUAUCGUCUCGGGGAGAAUGCUGACGAGAAGGACGCUGAGGAGAUUAUUGACUUGGCUAGCAAAGCUUCUAUUGCUGAUCAGCAGAAACAAGUGCAGGAUAAUGUUCAUUAUGAACUUACGCAUAUGUGCCAAGCAAUGGAUAGCAUUUUAUGUCCUGAUACAAUAAACGACCCAUCAAAAGGACCUUCAGAAGCACAUAAUCAUUCUCAGCGUAGUGGCUUAAGUUUUGCCGUUGGUGGUGCUGCAUCUGCAAACAAGCAAAGUGCAAUUAUCCCUGCUACACGACCUUUAACUCGAGCAGAAUUGUCAAAGAAAUUCAGGGAUCAUUUUGGGUACACACUUGACAUCGGACCAUCUGGAAUUCCUCAUAAAGACGCAGGUCAAGGUUUAUUCUUAUCAGGACAAGCAAAUGCCGGUGCUGUCCUAGCCAUCUAUCCUGGUGUUAUAUAUUCACCUGCUUACUAUCGAUAUAUACCUGGAUACCCAAGAAUUGAUGUUUGCAACAACUAUCUAAUCACAAGAUAUGAUGGGACAAUAAUUGAUGCAAAACCAUGGUGUUUUGGUGGUGAAACAAGAGCAUUAUGGGAUGGUUCAGAUUUGGUGGAUUACAAUGCUAUGGCACCUAAAGGCUCAGAGAACAACUCUGAUCGGGUGUGGAGAAUGCUAAGCAAGCCUCUAGAAAAAGGUGUAAGGGAAAAUUUUGGUGAAGUGCUUGAACGACGAAAUCCCCUUGCUUUUGGUCAUUUUGCAAAUCAUCCACCCAAAGGUUCAAGUCCUAAUGUCAUGAUCUGCCCAUACGAUUUUCCUUUGACAGAGAAGGACAUGAGAGUAUACAUCCCUAACAUUACGUUUGGUGGUCAAGAGACCAUUAGGAUGAAGAGGUUUGGCUCCUUCUAUUUCAAGUCUGGAGGUUCUGAUAAUCAGGCUGGUGAUUCUCUAGUACUGAAGACGCUAGUGCUGGUGAGCACAAGGUCCAUAUGUGAUGAAGAGCUCUUUCUUAAUUACCGUUACAGUAACUCAAAAAGACGACCAGAGUGGUACAGCCCUGUCGAUGAAGAAGAGGAUAAGAGGAGAUGGAGCUAGUUUAGCACUUCUGUAUCAUUCUGGUUGUGCAUUUUUUUGGCUAACUUUUUUAGUUCUUUCCCCCCUGGAAAUUGCAACUGAGCAUUGGUAAGCUCCUGAGAUCGAGAUGACAGUUUUGACUUAAUUCGUCAUUUGGUAUUACAUACUUUGGUGUCCCAAUUACCAUCAUGAUAAAAGUUAAGCUACUCAUGUAAGUUCUACUCUCAGGUCCUUUGUGGUGCUUAAAGGAUUACAUUUGUUACUCCUUUUAUGUGUGUCUAUCCCAAUGAUUAUCUAUGAAAGAUAAAUAAUUUAUGCA